UUUUUUUUUUCUUUUAAUGAAUUUUGAUGAAGUUCAUUGUUUCAAUUUAUUUCAGUUUGUAAUUUUUUGUGUCCUAAGAAAUUUUUGCCAAAACCAUGGUUAAAAAAUUUUUCUCCUGUUCUAGAAGUUUUACAGUUUGAGCUCUUAUAUUUAGGUCUUACAUUUCCAGUUACUUUUUGUAUCGGGUGUGAGGUGAGUCAGUAUUCACUUUUUUGCAUAUGAAUAUCCAGUUAUUCUAACAUAUUUGCUUAAAACAAUUAUUUCUCUGCUGAAUUGCCUUGGUGGCUCUAGUAGUUUCCUAGGGCUACCAUAACAAAUUUUCACAAACUGGAUGAUUUAAGACCGCAGGCAUUUAUUCUCUCACAGUUUUGGAGGCUAGAAGUCUGAAAUCAAAGUGUCAGCAAGGCUAUGCUUCCUCUGAAGACUCUAGGGAAGAACCCUUCCUUGCCUCUUCCAGCUUCUCGUGGCCCCUGGCGUUCCUUGGUUUGUGACAGCAGAACUCUAAGCUCUGCCUCCAUCUUCAUAUAUGGCCUUCUCUGUGUGUCUUUCUCUGUGUCUUCUCUUAAAGGGACACAAGCCAUUGGAUUUAGGGCCUACCUAAAUCCAGGAUGCUUUCAUCUCAAGUUCCUUAACUAAUUACUUCUGUAAAGACCCUUAUUCCAAAUAAAGUCACAUUCUGAGGUUCUAGGUGGGCAUGAAUUUUGGGGACUCUAUCCGGAAACCCUGGUGGUGCAGUGGUUAAGUGCUAUGGCUGCUAACCAAGAGGUCAGCAGUUCAAAUCCGCUAGGCGCUCCUUGGAAACUCUAUGGGGCAGUUCGACUGUGUCCUAUAGGGUUGCUAUGAGUCAGAAUCGACUCGACGGCAGUGGGUUUAGUUUUUUGGUUUAUUCAACCCACAAAGGAGCCUUGGUGGCACAGCGGUGGAGCGCUUGGCUGCCAACCAAAAGGUCAGUGGCCACCCCUCAGGAGAGAUGUGCCUCUGCUUCCGUAAAGAGUACACCUUUGGAAACCCUGUAGUGCAGUAGUUCUUAUCUGUCCUAUAGGGUCACUGUGAGUUGGAAUUGACUCCAUGGCAGUGGAUUUGGUUAAUUCAAUCCACUACAGGCCUUGGUUGAAAAUUAAUUGGUCAGAUCAGUGUGGAUCUAUUUCUGGACUCUGUUCUGCUUCAUUGAUCUAUAUGCUUAUUCUCAUGCCAAUACUGUACUGUCCUAAUUAUGUAGCAUUAUAAUAAGCCUAGAAAUCAGUAGGGUACCUCCUCCAAAUUUGUUCUCCUUUUUAAAAAUCAUGUUGGCUAUUCUAAUAGGCUCUUUGUAUUUCUAGGUAAGUUUUGUAAUUACCUUGUCGAUUUCUACCAAAAAAGUCUGCUGGGAUUUUCAUUGGGAUUGCAUUGAAUCUGUAGGUCAAUCUGGGGAGAAUUAACAUGUUAACAAAAUUGAGUCUUCUGAUUCUUGAACACAGUAUGUGGCUACAUUCACUUAGGUCUUUUUCUCUACAGUUUUUUGUGGUUUUCACUUUCAGGUUUGUACACAGUUUUCCAAAUUUCUCCCCAAGUAUUUAAUAUCGUUGAUGCUAUUUUAGAUGUUUUAACCUUUACCAGCUAGAGGUACCAUAUUUUAUUUACCCUUUAACCCAUAUUUGGACAUUUAGUUUGUUUCCAAAGUAGGACUUUCUGUACAAAUCAUUUUUAAUCUUUGGUCGUUGAUGAGAGCCAUUGUGGUGCCCAGAAUUAGAACAGGCCUCAUGUCCCUCCCUGAGCUAUAGUGUCUGGUAGCCACUUUCUGGCAGUGCUGGCAGGAAAGCGUUCUGAACAGAAAAGUGUGUGGACCUGCCACCACAGAGGAAGGUCUGCAUCAGAGUUUUAGAAGCCACGAGAGCCCUGGCAAGCUGGUGUCUGGCAGCUUGGUGACUGACCCUGGUGCUGUGAUUGUGGGUGGUAUGUACAGAUGUGUGCAGAUGCCAGGCACAGACUAGGGGGUGGCUCUUGGCUUCAUGGGGAUAAGGUACAGAUGGUGAGGGUUGUUUUUUCACCGUCAGGCUAGUAUGCCUCAAGCCAUCCCCUGUGGCUGCCUGACCCAGGGGCUUUCUUGAGGCAGAGUAAGUGGCCCCAGGGGAUCCGAUUUGUACUUCAUUAACUAUCUAAAUUCUCAGUGACCUGACUGAGCUAAGGGCCCAGGAGCUAUCAUGAGUCAUAAGUGUUUUAUUUGCAAUACUUAAGAACAUAAAGACAUUGUUUCCAAGGGAUCAUUAAACCAAUUAGAUGAAUUUUGGGGGAGACUGUAUGGGAAAGCUAUGUCCUGGGAUAGAUCAUCUGCAUAAGUUCUGUGUUCCUUACCUGUUCUUAGUUUCGUGGACAAAUGUUAGGCAAAGCGGAAAGCUAAAAAAUCUGAAGUCAUUAUUUUGUGGUUAUUUCCUGUCUCCCUAGGUACAGGGUCAGCACAUUGCAUUGGCUAUACAACAUUUGUUAAUACUACAGGAUCCCUGGGAAACCGGGAUCUGCUGAUGUUUAAAAACCGAGCGUCCUGGCCCGUGCAAGCUGAGGAGCUGAGGCCAGACAAAGGGACACACAGAGAGAAGACAGACGGAGGACGCGCUGGCCGCUGGACUCCGCUGCCUCCCCACCGCCUGCGCCCGGAGGAUGAGCCCAGCCUUCAGGGCCAUGGACGUGGAGCCCCGCACCAAGGGCGUCCUGCUGGAGCCCUUUGUCCACCAGGUCGGGGGGCACUCGUGCGUGCUCCGCUUCAACGAGACGACCCUGUGCAAGCCUCUGGUCCCGAGAGAGCAUCAGUUCUACGAGACCCUCCCGGCUGAGAUGCGCAAAUUCACUCCCCAGUACAAAGGUGUGGUGUCUGUGUGCUUUGAAGAAGAUGAAGACAGGAAUUUGUGUUUAAUAGCGUAUCCGUUAAAAGGGGACCAUGGAACUGUGGACAGUAUAGACAAUUCAGACUGUGAACCAAAAAGUAAGCUCCUAAGAUGGACAAACAAAAAACAUCAUGUUCUAGAAACUGAAAAGACUCCCAAGGACUGGGUGCGCCAGCACCGGAAGGAGGAGAAGAUGAAGAGCCAUAAGUUGGAAGAAGAAUUUGAAUGGUUAAAGAAAUCUGAAGUCUUAUACUACAGUGUAGAAAAAAAGGGAAACGUGAGUUCACAGCUUAAACACUCUAACCCUUGGAGCAUGAAGUGUCACCAGCAACAGUUACAGCGAAUGAAGGAGAACGUGAAACAUCGGAACCAGUACAAAUUUAUUUUACUGGAGAACCUGACCUCUCGCUAUGAGGUACCUUGUGUCCUGGACCUCAAGAUGGGUACACGCCAGCAUGGUGAUGAUGCUUCAGAGGAGAAGGCAGCCAACCAGAUCCGCAAAUGCCAGCAGAGCACAUCUGCAGUCAUCGGGGUGCGCGUGUGUGGCAUGCAGGUGUACCAGGCAGGCAGCGGGCAGCUCAUGUUUAUGAACAAGUAUCAUGGGCGGAAGCUGUCAGUGCAGGGCUUCAAGGAGGCACUUUUCCAGUUCUUCCACAAUGGGCGAUACCUGCGCCGAGAGCUCCUGGGCCCUGUGCUCAAGAAGCUGGCUGAGCUCAAGGCAGUGUUAGAGCGACAGGAAUCCUACCGCUUCUACUCAAGCUCCCUGCUGGUCAUCUAUGAUGGUAAGGAGCGGCCGGAGGUGGCUCUGGACUCAGAUGCUGAGGACUUGGAGGACCUGUCAGAGGAGUCAGCCGACGAGUCUGCUGGUGCCUAUGCCUACAAGCCCAUCGGCACUAGCUCAGUGGAUGUGCGCAUGAUUGACUUUGCACACACCACCUGCAGGCUAUAUGGCGAGGACAGCGUGGUACAUGAGGGACAGGACGCUGGCUAUAUCUUUGGGCUCCAGAGCCUGAUAGACAUUGUCACAGAAAUAAGCGAGGAAAGUGGAGAGUGAGUCUGCUGUCUGCACCGGCACCUGAGAGACUUUAUGUCCCAGGCACAGCUGUGCUGUGUCAGGGAGAAGCGGAGGAGGCCAGUAUGGCCAGGCGGUUGCCUCUGCAGCCUGGAGCUGACCCGCAGAGGCCCCACCCACCCUCGGAAUCUUUAUUUAUUUUAACUAUUUCUUCAACAUUCCACAUUUGAUGAUACAGAUACCUCUUUCUUCCCUGAGUGUAAAUGUUCCAAUACAAAUCUUUUUGUUAAUUGUAUAUAGUACUGCUGUCAUUCUUGCCGGGGCAGGCAGCCUCUCCUACCCCCAACCCUCAGAAGCCUCACCACCUGCUGGGAUCUCCACCCAUGCCUAGCUGAACACAAGGUUCUCCUGGCCACCACUUCCCCGCCCAGACCCCAAAACUUCAUAGCCUCUUGGCUUGAUCCUUAAUCUCUCAACCCAACACCCUGAGGUACCCCAACCUAGUACCCUGAGGUCACCUAAAAAGCACCUCUACACACACAACAGCUAGACCCUUCUGAGGUCUGUUCGGACUUAGCAUCCAGGGCCCUCUACCCAAAGAACCCCACGUGAUACAGGUCUCCCCCUGGCCCCAUGCACCUUAAGCCAGAGUUGGGCAGUGGGUGUUCCAAAUCCCAAGUUCAGCUUUUAAUGGCUCCUGCUGUACCAAACAAAAAUAACUUGUUGCCAUCAAGUUGGUUCCAAGUCAUAGUGACCCUAGAGGACAGUAGAGCUGCCCAUGGGAUUUCCAAGGAGCGGCUGGUGGAUUCAAACUGCUGGUCGUCUGUUUAGCAGCCGGAGCGCCUAACCACUGCGCCACCAGGGCUCCCCUGUUCUAGCAGCUGCUAAUUGGCUGGACAUUGUGAUGUGAGAUA